CAACCCAUGAACAACAAAGUUGCGGUGGUUAAUAUCUUGCUACCCAUCUCCAGGACAAGAUGUGAGACACAUGAAGACUUGACAACGCCUGGGCGCACUCAUAGCACUAUACUGCCGUAACUUGAUAUUACCUAGUCUUUUGACAUCCCCCAUUUGCAGGACCCACAACACAACCCUCGACCACCAUGUCCAAGAACGCUGCCAACAAGCCCGUCAUCGCCGUCGUCGGCGCAGGCCCAGGAAUCGGCGAAGCAGUAGCUCACCGCUUCGCAGCAGAAGGCUUCGUCGUCGCACUCCUCGCGCGGACAGAAGAAGCCCUGCAAACCAUGGCCAAGAACAUCGACAGCGACGUCGGCACCGGCACAGCGCAUUACUACAUCACAGACCUGCGCAUCGAAGAUACGGUAAUCUCAUCGUUUAAACGCAUUCGCGAAGAGCUUGGUCCUGUCAACGUGCUCGUGUACAACGCCGGCGCACGCCGCGUCAACGGAAAAUCUCUUAUCGACACCACGAGCGAAGAGUUUGAGAACUUCACUAAGAUUAACCUGUUCGGCGCGUUCUGGGCAAGCAAACUAGUGAUUCCAGAUAUGCUUGCAGCUGGCAAAGGCACUAUCCUUUUCACCAGCGCUACGGGUGCGCUGCGCGGCAUGCCAGGCUUAGCGUCUUUCUCGCCAGGGAAAUUUGGACUGCGCUCAUUGUGCCAGAUCAUCACACGCGAGUACCAGGCCAAGGGGAUCCAUGCUUGUAAUAUCAUCGUCGAUGGUCCGGUCGAUGGCAAGCUGAUCGGAGGAGUGAUGAAGCGGCAAUGGGAAAGGACAGGACAGAAAGACAAGGCGGCAGAUGUGGAAGCGCAUCUCGUUCAGCCGAGAGAUCUGGCGCAUACGUAUUGGUUUUUGCAUACGCAGCCGAGGAGUACUUGGACGCAGGAGUUGGACGUUAGGGCGAUGAAGGAAACGUUAUUUACAAAGUUGUAGAUCAAUAAUGACGUCAAUCGAGCGCUUUCACGCAUGUGCACA